CAAUGAAUUUGUUCAAAAUGUUUAAAUUGGAAGUUGACUUGGAUAUAUGAUAGUUGUUGAGUUGUCUGCAUGUUUAAUUCGUUGAUCUAGUUCUUGCAAUUUUAGAUCAUUAUUCCAUUGAACUGGCCUUCCAGCAGAUGUCUCGGAAAAUUUUGAAAUAUUUCUCAUCUCUUGUAGUCCCUUUUUACUCUGAAGAAAUGUUUGUUGGUUUGUGGAUGGAAUUGCAGCGACUCGAGUGGCGGCAGUCCUUAUCCACCGAAUUGGCGUCUUCAAUUGUUGCUGACAGCGGUCUCUGCCAUUGCUGAUUCGAGUCUCCUCGUGUAGGAUUUGUGGCUUUCUUCUUCUUCCUCCUGUUUUUUUUUUUUUGUUCCUUCCUCAUUUCACAUUCCUUUCCUGUUCCAAGAUUGCCGUGUCUGGGAAACAAAGUUGUAUCUCGUUUUGAUCGGAUCAAUAUGGAAUAAGCUGCUGUUGGUUUCAAAGUUGCAUAGGAUUCUCUGGACCUUACAGCGACGAGAUUUCUCGGUGUUAUGAUACACAGCUUCAGGGUUGAUCUAUCUUCGAAGAGCAAAAUCUGUCUUCCUUCUUUCUCCUGAGAUAUAUAUCAAAUGAUGAAGCUGACAUCUAGAAAGGAUUAUUGGAAGUCCAUGGUACAACUUCGGCCGGGCAGGAAAUCCCCCAUUCCUUUCUGCGUCUUCCCAAAACUUGAGUCAACAAGCACCUCAUCAGGAAGUGCUCCGGUUUAUCUGAAUGUGUAUGACUUGACACCGAUCAAUGGCUACAUGUACUGGUUAGGUCUUGGGAUAUAUCACACUGGAGUUGAAGUACACGGAAUUGAAUAUGCAUAUGGAGCACAUGAUUAUUCGACAAGUGGUGUUUUUGAAGUUGAGCCCCAUCAGUGCCCAGGUUUUAGGUUUAGGAAAUCCAUAUUCAUGGGCACAACUCAGUUAAAUCCACGACAAAUUAGAGAGUUUGUGGAGCUAGAAUCUCAAAAUUAUAAUGGCGAUGCUUACCAUCUAAUUGUGAAGAACUGCAACCACUUCUGCAAGGACAUCAUCUUUAAGUUGACUGGUAAUUCAAUUCCAAAGUGGGUAAACCGGCUUGCUAAUAUCGGUUCCUGCUGCAAUUGCAUCCUUCCAGAGUCUCUUAAGGUGACAGCCAUUCAUCAGGACCCUGAUUCACAGACCAAUGAUGCCGAGAGGAGGCUUAGAACUACUUUCAGUUGCUUAUCCUCAAUAUCCUCACGUCCACAGCAUUGGUUUACAUCUUCAAUUUUUUUGCCUUCUUCACUAGCUGGGAGUUUCUCCACAUGGGAGUUUCAAUGGCCCACUGCCAAAGCUUUGAAGGAUCACAACAAUCAAGCUUGUGAUCGUAUAGAUAAAAAAUCAGUAAUUCCUAUUUCGGAAUCUCUUUCUGCAGAAAGUAUCCAUCAAGAUGAGCUUAGUAAGAAAAAUGGCUAACAGAAGUUUAAUCCUAUCUUUCCACUCAGCGCAGAUACGGAUUCCAUGACUAUGAAGCUCAUGGUGAAACAUCUUUCAACACCAAAAUGUAGUGUUGUGUAUUGUAUUAUUCACCUUUGAGCAAUGAGCCCUGUAUAUACACGUUCUUCUGAGUUAAAAUGAAAAUGGGUAUGCGAAAACAUACAAAA